CAUCAUGGAGCGUUGGCAAGGGCGCGUGGCUCUCGUUACCGGGGCUUCUUCGGGGAUCGGAGCAGAACUUUGCCUAGCCCUGGUGCGACACGGCCUAGUGGUUGUGGGAUGCGCCAGAAGCGUGGAUAAAAUCAAAGCAAUCGCGGAAGAAGAAAAAGUGAAGAUUUCGCCAGGGAAAUUGAUCGCUUUCAGGUGCGAUUUGUCUAAAGAAUCUGAAAUCCUAUCCAUGUUCAAAGAGAUCCGGCAGACAUGCGGUAGAGUGGACAUCUGCAUCAACAAUGCCGGACUCGGUGACGAAGCUCCUCUUCUUACAGGAAGCACGGCAGAAUUCAGAAAUAUGCUGGACGUGAAUGUAAUGGCCCUGUGCAUCUGUACUCAGCAAUCUUUUCAACUAAUGCAAGAGAAAGGGAUAGACGACGGGCAAAUCAUACACAUCAGCAGCAUGUUGGGUCAUAAAUUAUCAACAGCUGUUCCUGGAGCUCAUUUCUACUGCGGUACAAAAUUCAUGGUUAGAGCCCUCUCUGAAGGACACAGGAGGGAGCUGAAAGCCAUCAAAAGCCGUAUCAAAGUAUCGUGCAUCAGUCCGGGUGUUGUGGAGACACGAUAUUUGGCUAACUUUUGGAAGAAGGACCCAACAAAAGACCCGAGUAGCCAUCUGAAGAGUUUCGAAUGUUUGCAACCGAAGGAGAUUGCCGACAGUGUCCUCUACGUACUCAGCACACCUGCUCCUGUCGAAAUCAACGACAUUCUUAUCCAGUCCAGAGAACAUUCGUUUCUUUGUAACGUCAAAUUGUAAUCUAUUACAAUGAAAUUUUUGCAUUUACAGAAAACAGAAUAACAUUUUUUA